AUGCUUGAUUGUGAUUCUAUUGACCCCGGUAGUCUAAUUCUAUUCACCCCACCCCGUCUGUUAUUCACUUGUAGCACGUCUGCUCCCGUCACAUCAGCUCCAUCAAAUCAUCGACCGGGAUUUCGUCUGAUUCUGACCGCGAUCCAUGAUACAACUAGUGGAACGUGCCCCCAGAGUCAAUUUUACUGUGGUCCUCGUCCAUCGUACUCGGAUUCGAAAUCACAUUCACCAUUACCUCAACAUCCUCCACAGUCACAACACUCAUCGUCCUCGGUAUCAUUCACUCAUCUCGGUCUGGCGUACAGUAGUGGUUCUUCAGUUCCCUCGGCCGCCGCCCCAGCCUCCUCUUCAUCCGCUUCCUCCUCCGUAUCGUCGUCUUCGUUGUCAGUCGGAUCCCCAUCCUUGUCGGCUGCUUCCGUAUCCACAAGUAGUGCCAGUCUGUCCAGAUCAGACCCGGCCGGUUCAUCCGCACGAGAGUUGAGCCGUGCCGUUUUGGGUUAUUGUAUUCCCGAUCGGACGGUGUGUGAUGGAAUUGCGAACUGUGCAGACUCUCGCGAUGAAAGUGUGGCUCGAUGCGGCGAACCCAGCUCCGGUGAACAUCCAUGGCGUGGAGGUCCCGAUCGAAAAUCCUCCGGAUUGCUUCACGGAUUUCUCUCCCUUGGGAUCCCCGCCUCGAUUGCGAUCGCAGUCAGCACUAUUGUGACGUUCACCGUGUGCAUUGGGGCGGUGAUUUGCUGCUGUAAUCGAUGUUGCGGUACUCGUCGUUCCUAUCCGUCGCGUUACCCACGGAUUGUGGCUGGCAGUGCUCGAAUGCACGCAUUAGACGCUUCAUUACCCGCAUCAGCCGGUUACCCGGUUCCGCACGCUCAUCCACAUCACACCUCGGGAUCCAGUUCGGCCGUGAUUAUGAGAGGGGGAGGAGGACCGGGAUCGGCAACCCGGGCACAAUUUACCUCGUGGCUAAAUCGAGGACGUCCGAUUCACGGAACCGAAUGGCAUUCGCAGGUGACUCCUUUCUCUCAACAACAACACCAACAACCUCCUGGCUACAUGCCAUUCUGUUCCUAUAGUGGAUCACAACAAAGCUCAGUGGCUCACAUGUUCUCUGUCACGGCCGGUUCACACGGUCCCGGCACGGAUCAAAAACUGGCAUAUCAGCACACACAACCGGAUUUUGUCAUGCGCUCGUCCAUGAUGAAACCGAGCCGUGAUGAGAUGUUCCCGGUCGCGCAUUCCGCUGAUCCGAGUGUCACUUCGAAUUGCAUGCCCCUACCGUCGUCUAUCGGGGCUCCAAGCAGCGAUUCCUAUUCAUCGAUUCAUGCCAAUUCAUCCAUUCAGGCCAGUUAUCCGGUCUAUCCGAGACCGCCGGGACCACCACCGGCUUUGAUUCAUGGUGUCAUGGGUAGUCCGGUUACCUAUCGUCGAGAUACUUCCGGUACGGAUCCGUGCAGUUAUACUCCCCCUCCUCCAUACGGUGCGUGUACAGUGCCACCGGCUAGCAGUGUCACAGCCAGUAGCAGUCGUACUGGUACUACCAGCGGUGGUGGAGGUCCCGGUGUUCAUGCGUCUAGCCAUGCCGCGUGGCUUUCUCGUGGUCCGGUUGCCCCGGAAUCUGGUCUGAUGACUGCCGGGGGAAGCAUUGAUGGUGUUGUCAGCGCCAGUGCGACCGACCUUUGUCACAUAGGAUCUAACGGGAUACUGUUUGGACAUCAGCUCAGCGGUGGUGGAAAUUCUGUUCUCCAUACUAACACACCUGUGGAGACUAUUUCUACCGGUGGUGGGAUGAUGACCGGCGCUCCACCCCGAGGGUGUACUUCUGGUGAUCUCGUAUCUAACGGAGGUAUUCUAUACCUAGGGGAACUGGCUCAGCCGUUGUCUGGCGAGGACUCGUCGAUGCGAUUCCGGGGUUACUCUUGUGGUCCGGGAUCGACCACAACUGGCAGUGCUAGUUCGCGGUCCGGUAUGCCCACCAAUUCCUCCCAAAGAUCUGGCGAGGCACCGAAUGCCUCAUCUCAAACGCUUCCGGUGUCCGAACAAAUGGUCUCAUUUCCUGUACAGUUGUAG